AUGGAGAAGCAGCUUGGUGUGAAUCUUCAUCAUUUAGUUGCGAAGAACAACGAAGGGAAUACAAAACUAGAAGCUCCGUCGACAAACGAGACGAAAUCCUUAUCGAUCGAAAAUGCCGUAGUUAGUCAUGGUCAGAUCAGUGGGAAGAGUACGAAGGACGAUCGCAGAGGAAAACGAGCUUCAGUAAACAAAAAGCUGUCGUCUGAAAGAGUCUCGAGAACUUGGAAAGUUCCCAAACAUCCAAAGAACCAGCCAAGAUCAGACCAAGAACAUCCCGGAUUCAAUCUCGAUUAUAUGCAGCCCACCACGCACCCACCUCAUCAUAAUUAA